UAUUUUUUUUGGAUUAUUCCUGCUUUCGGAAGUUAAUUUGUUGUUUUGCCAGCUAAUAAGUUAUAAUAUGUCUGAUUUUGUAUAUAAACACUUAUUUUAAGUGAUAGUUUCGUGUUUCUGGUAGAAAUUGAAGAUGGUUGACAUAAUAACAUCCUGUAGAACGUGUAUGAAGAAUGUGGACGUCUCGUCUCUGGUGGAUUUGUUUGACUUGCUGACGCUAGAGGAGCGAGUGGUUCUAUUAGCUCAGGCUCUCAUGGACUGCACAUCCAUGCAGAUAUCAAAAACUGAUGGUUUACCACAAAGGCUGUGCCAUGACUGUGUAAAUCUUGUCAAAAUUGCAUACACAUUCAGAAACCAAGCACAGAAUGCUGAAAAUGAAUUUAGAAAGAUCUUGUCCUAUCAAGCACAGGUUAAAGAAGAACACAUUGAUGUUGAAUUCAAGCCAGAAAAGAGUGAGGACAGCCUUGAAUUCAAGCCAGAAAACAGUUAUGACGAUUUGGUGGACAUGUAUGAGGAACAUUAUGAGUAUGACACCACAUUCCCUAAACAAGAGACUGAUAAGCAACAUUAUGUUUGUAGCAAAUGCAACAAAACAUACAGAAGUGAGAAACGGUUCCUAAAACAUUUAAUGUCACAUGAGAAAUCAUUAUCAUGUCAUAUUUGCAAUAAAUCAUUUCAAAAGCAGUCAUAUUUAAACAAGCAUGUAGCAAAACAUGAAAUUAACAAAUGCUCUAUAUGUGGGACCAGCUUUGGGACAGAAACCGUAUUACUAGAGCACAUGAUGACUCAUACAGAGAGCAUGGAAGUGAAGACUGAACUUGAGGACCAGUACAAGUGCCCCCAGUGUGACAUGACCUUCAGCAAGCUACGGUCACUGGCCAUGCACAAAAAGAAACACAAAAGUAAAGGUACACGUAAGACAUUCAUCUGUGAUACUUGUAAGAAGGAGUUCUCAUUGAAGAGUCUCUUAAGGAGGCACAUACGUACACAUGAGAAUCACCCAUUCCACUGUACCAAGUGCCCCAGAUCGUAUUCUAGACAGGACUCACUCAACCUUCACAUGGACCGGCAUAAUGGAGUCAAACUUAAAGUGUGCCCAUACUGUAAUAAAGCGUUCACCCAGCUGUGCAGCCUGAAGGAGCACAUCCGCACCCACACCCGGGAGACUCCAUACCUAUGCUCAGAGUGCGGCAAGAGCUUUAGUUCCAGCUCCAACCUGCGCCAGCAUAUGAUGAGGCACACUGGGGUCAAACCCUUCGCCUGCACGCUCUGCCCGAAAACGUUCGCUUCUAAAGGUCAGAUGGUGAACCACGUGAGCUCUCACUCGGGCGCGCACCCGUACGCGUGCACGCAGUGCGGCGCCAGCUUCACGAAGCCCUACUCUCUCAAGAAGCACAGCCUCAUCCACCUUGGAGUGCGGCCCUUCGCCUGCGACAAGUGUGCCAUGAGGUUCCUGUGCAAGGACCACCUGAAGCGUCACUACCGCAUCCACACGGGCGAGAAGCCGUACAAGUGCGAGUACUGCGAGCGAGCCUUCUCGCAGAGCAACGACCUCAUCAAGCACACCAGGAAACAUGUCGGGCAGAACCUCUACCAAUGUACGGUAUGCGACAUGCGUUUCCGGCUGCAGACAGAACUGAAGCUCCACUACCCCACGCACUACGCCAACGGCCAGCUCCCCCCCACCGAGCAACACCCCAAACACCCCCAACUCCCCCCGGAACCGGAAAUACCCCCCGAAGACACCAAGGAGUUCGACAGAACCAUCACUAUUGCGUUUAAUAGAAAUGUAUUGGAUCAAAAUGUGCAAGGGGACAUAACUAUUAAUAUAACGCCGGAAGAAACGUAGUUCCAAAUUAUUGUCGUACUUGCCUCUCUUGUUUUAAAGCUGUUAUUACUUAUUUGAGCUAAUUAAAAUAGGUAUUGGUGCGAUUUCCAGCAGACACCUCGUAAUUAUAUUUAAGUUAAAUUUGUCUCUUAUCCGCCGUAAAGGAAAGGGACGGGCGUUUUAGAAUGAAUAAGUGAAUGAAACAAUAACCCUGACGAAACAAAUAUGCAACGCGUUUCACGUGUGGUGUGGCUGUCGACUUAAUUCUGCCGGGUUAUACGCCAACAUUCCUAAGCGUAAAAUUUUGCAAGGUUUGUUUAAAAUUUCUGCCUAAAAUAGAAGUGUGCGUGUGUUUUAUUAUUGUUUUAGCUCGUCGAUUACCCGUCCCUUUCGCUUUCGGCGGAUAAGAAAAUGACAGGUAUAACUUAAAAUUAGGAGAUGUCUGAUAAAAUCAGCAUUCAUUACAUUAUCACUGAACAAAUGUUUAGCUCACACGCGGUGCCUUAAUUAGUGGUUACGUAUUGUAAAUCUUAUACUCCUAUAGUAGGUAGAUAACUUAUCAACAUGUCGCAUGUGAAAUCCAAUAAAAAAAAUGUAUUAAGUAUUUCAAAAAUCCAUAAUUUCAAUUAUGUAUGGUCCGAACACGAAUUCAAACUUAUAAAGGAUUUAGUGGUUUAGAGCCCGGGCCGGGAUUUGAACCUGUUACACUACAAUGUAAGUCAUAUUUUAUUUAAUUUCCAAUAAAAAUGAUAGUCUCCAGUAGAGCCAACAUGUGCUACGUGAUAAAAUUCUGUCACGGUUAUUUUAUCGAUUCUGACGAUAUAGUUAUGUCGUUUUGUCGAUGUGAACCCAAAUAAGUCAUGUCGUUCUGUCAAAAUACGAACAAAUCACGUGCCGCUCAGGGAAAAAAAGAAAGAAAAAAACAUUUAUUACUUCCGGACACCACAGACACAGGCAGACAGGUACAUUACAUUUAACACAGGACAGAAACCACACGGAAAUCAAUAAGUACACAGAAAAAAAUCCAAAACAAAAGAAACCAAAAUCAUAAAAACAAUAAUAAUAAAACUAAGUAUUCUAAAUGCAACGCACUGACGGCCCGAUCAUCUGCGGUGGAGUCCGGAAUAAAAGGACCUCGCUCAGCAUAAGUCAGUAAAAACAGCUUAUCGAUUUCGUCAAAAUUUAUUAUAUAAUAAAUAAAUAAUAAAAUGCCCAAUGAUUACAAAGUUACAUUGAAUCGAUCGAUAAUUUUAUCGCGUUGUUAGACCAGCAGGUCAGCAUUCAACAUUUGGUCUAUACGCCAAGCAUUUAGUUUGGUAGACGCGUUCUGCAAACAGAAUUUUCAUUGUUUUAACAUUUUGUAAAAAGUAUCUCACUUGCCUACUAGGUUGUCAAGUAGCCUACCACGCAAGCAAGACUACUACGCUAUCAUUAUGGAGUUUCAAUCUUUCAGAUCGCUUCUUUACCCGACUAUUGCAAAAAGGAAGGUUAUGUUUUGAGACUGUUUUUUGAGUUAGUAUAGCAGUAGAUUUCAAGCGCGGUGUUUAAAGGUCUCCAUAGACAGAGGCGGUGCUGGGAGAGAAAAUCAAUCCGCGUCGCGCCUUCGUGUUUGUGUGAACGUGUGCAGAGAUGGUCGAGACCACUACAAUAAUCCUCGCUAAAACGUUCCCAGCACCGCAUCUGUGUGUAUUGAGUUUAAAAGUAUUAUUUUUAAUAAUCUCAAAGUGUACUCUUAAUUUUAUUGAAUUUGAUAUUAUAAUUAUUUAUUUCAA